AUGCGUUCAUUAACAUUAAAUUUAGAUAAUUUUCAUGAUAUAUUCACUCUUAUUCAGCAUGUACCAAAUUUAAUUUAUUUAAAUAUUCGAUCAGAAAUGCUUGACAAAGAAUUCGAAGAAUAUCCCUGGAAUAGUAUUGGUGAAAUUAAAUUAAAAGAAUUUCAUCUAGCAUUUAAACCGAGAAGAAAUUCGGGAUAUCCACCAAUUAGUCUUACAACUGGUCUUGAUGGAUUAUUUCAUGCUAUUCAAAUCUUUUCAUCAUCGCUAAUUACUUUAUCAUUGGAUUUUAGUAACAUAUAUCUUACAAAUCGAAAUAGUAUUCUAACCAAUGGUAUGGAACUAGAAAAGAAAUUAUUGAAACCAAUGCAAAAAUUACAAAACUUUUAUUUUUAUGUUUGUAUUUUUCAAUGCAAAGAUGUUCAACAAAUAUUAUCUACAUUUGCAACAUUUCCUUGGCCCAUUGGUUUACAUGGAAACGCUCACAUCUAUUCUCUUCCAUUUUCAUUCCAUGAACUAAAGGAUUUUCAUCAUUUUCGAGAUGUCCGAUCAAAUAAUGAUGAGUUUCUGAAACAAAAUGAUCGAUUAUGGUCUAAAGUGACAUCACUUAAUUUGAUUUCUAUCGAUCGAAUUGAUUUUAAACAUCUAUUUCCAUUAAUAAAACAGAAUAUGCCAAAAUUAUCAUCGAUUGCUUUUCAUGGUGGUUUCUGUUUUCAUCGUUUUUCCUUUCCUGAUGAGUCUGGUGAUUUAUAUGAUAAAAUCGAACGUGUUAAUAAGGUACAAUUAGAUAGUAUCACAACUGUUUGCCUUGACCACAUCUCAAUGAAACAAACUGAACAAAUUCCGAUGUAUAGUUUCCCAAAUAUACAAUGUUUACUAUUAAACAAUACGGAAUUACCAUUGAAAGAAAAUCAAUUAACUUCGUUUCUUGGUGAAAAACUUCAACGAAUCGAGUUUGAUGAGUAUUCUACACGAAAAAAUUUACAAAAACAAAACUUAUGUUAUCUCUCUAAUAUUAAACAUUUGAAAUUGGCAUUUGGUUUCCUAUAUUAUGGGAAAGGGUUAGAUAGUCAACCGGAAAUAACUAGGAAUUUAUUGAUAAAACUACCAAAAUUAGAAACAGUAUCAAUUUAUGUGCCACGCAAUGGUGCUUAUGAUGAAUAUGGUGCUGACCCUAUUUAUCGUCCGAUCAUGGCUAGAUUAAAUGAAAAUGAAAUUAAAGCUCAAUAUAAAAUCAGAUAUAGUGGUGGAGCUUAUACGUGGAUUAUAAAAAGAGCUAUAUCUUCUUCUUCUUCUUUUGAAGAUCAUUAUUAUUCUGAAUUUUGUAUUUCAAAUGAUGAGAACGAUCUUCAUUAA